AUCAGCGUGAGCGUGUGCGUUUCUCUACAGCACUACAGCGGUGGACUCAGCUCCAGGAAGAGGAGAAAGUCUUACUGCAGGGACCUCCUCCUGAACGAAGUGACCGUAACUUCCAGGAGUGGUGUGACGGCCCCUGCGCUGCUGAGAGAACUUUCGUUUUCCCCCACACCCGCUCUCGCCCCUCACUGCCCCCCGCCAUGCCCACACUGCCUGAGGAAGAGGAGGACUCCCCCGAGGAGCUUGAUAGUUCCUCCAGUUCUCCCAGUACAUCUGCACCAGGUGAAACUCGAGCUGUCGUCAUGACUGCCCCAACCAUCGUCUACCCACAGCAGGCCACUAUUGUCCAACAAGAUGGACGUCCUCUGGAACAGGCCAGACCACACAGUCCCAGAGCUCGGCUGGCCAGAAACUCCUCUGGAGGACCCAUCACCACAGUCGACAGCACAGGUAACGUGAUCGACCUGGUGAAAGAUCAGCUGCCGGAGCUGCAGCUCUCUGAGGAGGAUCGACAGAAAAACCUGGAGCUGCUCGAACAGGCCAAGAAGGUCAGCGACCGCUUCCUGACGCGGCGCGGCCGCCGCUCCACCAGCAGCCUCACUGAGUCACCCACAGGUCCUUCUCCAACUCCAACUCCCUCAUCUUCACCGUGCUCGUCUAGAAGCAGCUCACUGACUGUGGCCCCGCAAACUGCUGUAGGACCCUUGGAGUUGACCCAUGUCAGCUCACAGUCUAUUGGUCAGCAUCUGGAGGUUCCUUCAGUGCGAGAACAGCCUGACAUAACGACCCAGGAUCAGGAGGGCAGGCUGUUGGUUGACUGGAAGCCCACUGAGAAAAGGAAAGUGUCCUCUGGGACUCUAACGCCCCGUUUUGCUGUUCAGAAGGACAACUGUGAUCCUGCUGUACCUAAGAGUCCUCCAGCGGUCAAUAAAGCAGAUGAGGGAGCUGGUUCAGGCCAAAAUCCCAACCAGGUCCCGGCCACAGGAGUGGCCAAGCCCGUCCCCCGACCCCAAACUCAACAGGUCCCCUGUACAGCAGAGAUCAAGACAAUCGGGGCCUUCCCUCCACUAAUGAGGGCUGUUUCCUGGGAUGCUGUAGGCAGCCUUAAUUCUAGAAACGGAGCCCCAAGUUUCCCUCCUACAGUGGAGGACACCUUCUCAGAUAAGCCCAGAGAUGCUGUCUUAAAGUCCUCAGGGUACAAAGACCUCCCCAGCCAGCCGGGGGGUGUACAGAAACUGUCUAAACUCAGAGAGGAGCACAAGCUGAUGCGUAACCAAAGCAUAGUGGGAUCCAAGUUACCAGACUUGAGUGAAGCUGCUGAACAGGAAAAAGGUCCUCAGCUCUCUCCAAACACAGCCAGUAGCGUGGAGACGAAGGACAAGUCUGACGCAAUGCCCAACAUUUCAGAUGUGAUGCUGAGAAAACUGAAACUUCAUCGAGGUCUGCCAGGCUGUGCACCACCACUGACUGAAAAGGAGGUUGAGAAUGCAUUUGUCCAGCUGUCACUGGCAUUUCGCAAUGACAACUACACUCUGGAGACGCGGCUCAAACAGGCAGAGAGGGAGAGGAACCUGACUGAGGAAGACACAGAGAAAGAACUAGAAGAGUUCAAAGGAGCACUAAAGAUGACGGCACCGCAGUGGCAGAACCUGGAGCAGCGUGAGGCCUACCAGCGCCUCGUAGAGACGGUAGCAGUGCUCCACCGCCUGGCCACACGGCUCUCCAGCCGAGCAGAGAUAGUUGGAGCAGUUCGACAGGAGAAACGUAUGAACAAAGCCACUGAGGUCAUGAUGCAAUAUGUGGAAAAUCUGAAGAGGACGUAUGAGAAGGACCAUGCUGAGCUGAUGGAGUUUAAGAAGCUGGCCAACCAGAACUCAAAUCGCUGUUACGGAGGGUCUGUAGACACUGGAGAUGAUGGAGUUCCACGGCCGUCAAGAUCAAUGUCCCUCACUCUUGGAAAGGCUCUGCCCAGACGCAGGGUGAGUGUAGCAGUGGUGCCUAAGUUUAACCUCCUGAACAUCCCAGGUCAGACUCCAGCCACAGCUGGCCCGGGCCCCAACCCGGCCUCAGGCCCCAACGCGGGACCCACCACUGGUACUGCUCUUCCUGUCCUGUGUGAAGCGAAUGAUGUGAAAGUCAGCGCUUCCACAGAUACAGCCCAACCAGCAGCAGAAUGUGGAAAGAGUGUGUUGGAGCAGGAAAGUGAGCCAGCCAAGCCUUCAGUCAACUUAGAGGAGAUCAGAGCUGAGAUCAGAGCCGAAAUCAAGGCAAAGAUGGAGGAGGAGGCGUACAAUAAAGGGUACCAAGAGGGGCUGAAGCACAUCACAGCACUGCAGGAAGAAAAGCAUGACGAGGAAAACGCUGCUGAGAAAUUGCUGGAAUCAAAAAAUAAGGACGAGGAAAGUGGAAGGAAGAUGAAGACGAGCAGGAGGAUGGAGGAGGUCGUGGCUCUUUUUGGUCGGUUUUGUCCGAAGAUUUCCUUCAGUAGGCAAGUUCUCUGGAUCGCCCUGACACUGUUUGUGAUGAUGUGUCUGGUUAUCAGUAUUUUUACAUUUUUCAGUGACUACUACAACAGACGUGAGAACACGUAAGGAGAGAAGGAUUUUUAUGCCAGACAAGAAGAAGAUCUUUGGACUGAGUGUAGCAGCACAACCAAAGAACCCCACUACAGAAAAACAGAGACUGCAGUCAUUCUUUGUUUCUGUCGAUUUACCAUAUCAUCACACUUGGACUCACUUGAAUCCAUGACCCUGACUCUGGAGGGUCAGAGACAUUCUGGGAGGCUUUAUGGAUAAUGUUGCCUUUGUCAUGGUUAAGUUAUGAUUAUGUUCGGAUUAAAAAGUCGACACAUUGUUUGCUGCAGCGAGAAAAACAAUUAUUUCUGUUUAGGGACCAAUUAUAUGAUGUGAUGAAAUAUACAUGUAUUUAAAUUAGAUGCAUACAAUAAUGAUACAUUCUGGUUCUGGUAUUUUGGAUGAUGAAUCUGGCACGUUCCAUUAAAUGCCACAGUAGAAGAAGUGUGUAUUUAUCUACACUAUAAUGUUAAAGUAUAAUCUCUCAGGUCCAACAGAUGAUGAUUACCCUGAGAAAUUUUUAAUUUGUAUUUAAAGCUAUAGAAAUUUAAGGAUUGUUGUUAUUUGUUUAAGUUCCAUCAUGUGUAUUUAAAAACUUUAACAUGUAAGCACAUUCCAAAGUAGUUCCUUAAGUGCAAUAUUUUGCAGUUGAUGGUCCUUGUUUGUGCCAUUUUGGAUUGUGUCUUCAGAGCACUGAGAGAUUUUCGUCUUGUAUGAGAGCACUGUUUAGAUGGCAUGAGACUUAUUUUUAUCUUCUUUGCACGUGUGCCUGCCUGUGUUGUUUGAUUUUUGUGGAUUUUAUGCUCUGCCACUUCACCUUUUUAAAUAAAGGUGCCUGAAAGUAUUCAGUCGUCAUUUCCAUAGUGACAA